AUGGUUAUUGACCCAGAACAGCUCAAUAUGGAAUUAGAACAACUGGAUAAACAAGGUAUACCAUGGAAGAACCGCCUUUUCAUUUCAGAUAGAGCCCAUCUUGUUGUUCCUUCAUACAAGAAAGAAGAUAUUAAAAUAGAGAAUAAGAGAAUAGAUAAAAUUUCUACCACUAAACGAGGUAUAGGUGUAGCGUAUGCUAAAAAAAUGCUUCGUACCGGUAUUAGAGUUGCUGAUUUACAUGAUGCAUCUUUGCUGCAUAACCUUAAGAAAUCAGACAGAAAAUUCCUUGAACAGCAUAGAGAUUUUAUAGAAACCCUAUCAGUGAACUGUUACACUGUAUUAAAUGCUAAUCUAGACAGUAAUAAAAUACUUUUUGAAGGGGCGCAGGGUGUAAUGCUCGAUAUUGAUUUAGGCACCUAUCCUUAUGUUACCUCGGGUUUAGUAGGACUAAACGGUGUUGCUUCCACCGGAUUCCCCACAAAGAAAAUUUCUCGCAUCAUUGGGGUGGCUAAAGCAUAUAGCACUCGAGUAGGGGAAGGCCCCUUUCCUACAGAAUUUCCCAAAGAGCAAGGUGGCUUAUUAGAUCUUAUACGGCAACGCGGCAACGAGAAAGGCAGUACUACAGGCCGCUUAAGACGUUGUGGGUACUUAGAUCUUAUAAGCUUAAAAUAUGCAUGUGAUAUUUCUGGAAUAAAUUCACUGGUACUUACGCAUCUCGAUGUCUUAGAUGUUCUGGAGUCGUUUCAGGUCUGUGUGGGGUAUGAGCAUGAGGAUAAUUUCUUUGACUCGCCUCCCAGUAAUACAAAAACACUUAUGCAAUUAAAACCAGUGUUGAAAACCAUAGAGGGAUGGCAAACAGAUAUUAGCACAGUAAAGUCGUGGUCUCAUAUUCCUGCUAAUACAAGAAAAUGUAUUGAUUUUAUCGAAUCGUUUGUAGGAGUGCCUAUUGAAGCACUUUCAGUAGGGCCAGAUAGAUCUCAGAUGGUAUACAUACCUUCUUUUAAGCUAUAG